CAGGGCUUCCAGUUUCCAAGCCUGAUAACUACAAUUUGGAGAACGGAACAGAAACAUUGAUGUUUGAGAGAAAAGUCCCCAGAAGCAGCUAUUCAGGUUCUGCUGCUGGGCUGUGAGAUGAAGAGUGGUUCAAAAACCAAGCAUGAAGAGUCUCUGCUGAGGGAGCGAAGGCAGGACCCAGCAGUGCCUGGACUCGAGAAACCUUUUGACAUGUCUGUAGGACUCUACUCCUAAGGAGGGGAACAAAAAGGCAGAGAUCAUGGCUGCUGUGAUUUCUUCAGCUGGAUCUCUGAGUCCUGAAGUUUCCCAGCCAGAUGAAGAUCAUCUUCAGGCAGAAGAACCAGAAUUGGUAAAGGAAUCAGUGACAUUUAAAGAUGUGGCUAUAGACUUCACAUUGGAAGAGUGGAGGUUGAUGGACCCUACACAGAGGGGCCUGCACAGGGAUGUGAUGCUAGAGAAUUAUAGGAAUCUUGUCUCCCUGGGUAAGGCAUUUUCCAAACCAGAUAUGAUAUCUCGUUUGGAAGAUAAAAAAGUACCAUGGGUGGUAGUGAGAGAAAUUUCAAGAGUCCCCUAUCCAUAGUUGGAGACCAAACCAGCAACCAAGAAUGCUAUACUAACAGAGGAUAUCUUUGAGGAUUUGUCACAGGAGACCAUAGUAGAGAAACUUGCAGAGAAUGUCCUAUGGGACUCCAGAAUGGGAGGAUUAUGGAGAUGGAAUGACAGAAUUUUGAGACUGCAAAAUAGUCAGGAGAGUCAGAGCCAAAGAAUAGUUACACAGAAGAAAGUUCACACUUGCCAAAAAGGCAUUAAAUUUGGGUCUAUUUAUUGUCCAUAACCAGGAGUUAUCACAGAAGAGUUCCACAGCAAAUGCCAAAAUAAUGAGGAAAAUUUCACAGAGAAUUUAGAUUUGAAUACAGAUACCCAUUUGGGGAAGAAAUAUUGCAAGAAUACAGAAGGCAGCAAUGCUAUAAGGUCUACUUCAGAACUUAAUUUAGGGGGGGAAAGCAAUAAUAAAGAAAAACCCUAUAAAUGUAGUACAUGUGAAAAGGCCUUUUGUUAUAGGUCAUUACUCAUUCAACAUCAGAGAACUCACACUAAAGAAAAAUCUUAUGAAUGUAAUGAAUGUGGGAAAAUGUUUAGUCAGCCUUCAUAUCUUAGUCAACAUAAAAAAAUUCACACUGGAUAAAAACCCUAUAAGUGUAACAAAUGUGGAAAGGCCUUUAUUGCUUCUUCAUCACUGAUGGUACAUCAGAGAAUUUAUACUAAGGAAAAACCUUAUCAGUGUAAUAUCUGUGGAAAAUCUUUUAACCAGUGUGCACGCCUUAAUCAGCACCAGAGAAUUCAAACUGGAGAGAAGCUCUAUAAAUGUAGUGAAUGUGGAAAGGCUUUUAGUGAUUAAUCAAAACUUGCACGACAUCAAGAAACUCACAAUGGAGAGAAAUCCUACAAAUGUAAUGAUUGUGGGAAAGCCUUCAGAAAUAAGUCAUAUCUUAGUGUAUAUCUGAAGACCCAUACUGAAGAGAAACCGUAUAAAUGUAAUGAGUGUGGGAAAUCCUUUAAAAAUACCACAUUUUUUAAUGUUCAUCAGAGAGUUCAUACUGGAGAGAAGCCCUUUAGAUGUAAUGAAUGUGGAAAAGCCUAUAGAAGUAAUUCAAGCCUUAUUGUACAUAUAAGAACUCAUACUGGGGAAAAACCCUAUGAAUGUAAUGAAUGUGGGAGCAAUCAUAUAGCAAAUUUCACAGAACAUCAGAGAAUUCAUACGGGAGAAAAACCUUAUAAAUGUAAUGAAUGUGGGAAAGCAUUCAUUAAUUAUUCAUGCCUUACAGUACACCACAGAAUGCAUACAGGAGAGAAACCUUAUAAAUGUAGUGAAUGUGGAAAGACCUUCAUACGUUCCUCAUCUCUAAUUAUACAUCAACGAAUUCACACUGAAGAGAAACCUUAUCUAUGUGAUGAAUGUGGGGAAUCUUUCAGAAUAAAAUCACACUUAACUGUACAUCAGAGGGUUCAUACAGGAGAGAAACCAUAUAAAUGUACUGACUGUGAAAGGGCAUUCACUAAAAUGGUAAAUCUUGAGGAGCAUCAGAAAAUUCAUACUGGAGUGAAACCCUAUAAAUGCUGUGAUUGUGGAAAAUUCUUCAGGACUAAGUCAUACCUUAUUGUACAUCAAAGGACCCAUACUGGAGAAAAACCAUAUAAAUGUAAUGAAUGUGAGACAGCAUUUACUAAUACAUCACAGCUUACUGUGCACCAAAGAAGGCAUACUGGAGAAAAACCCUAUAAAUGUAAUGAAUGUGGGAAGGUUUUCACAAGUAACUCAGGAUUUAAUACCCAUCAGAGAACACAUACCGGAGAGAAACCAUUUAAAUGUAAUGACUGUGGGAAAGCAUUUAGCCAGAUGAUAUAUGUCACAGAACAUCAGAAAAUCCAUAGUGGAGAGAAACCCUAAAAAUGUAAUGUGUGUGGAAAAGCCUUCAGGAGAGGUUCAUACCUUACAGUACAUUGGAGAACACAUACUGGAGAAAAGCCCUAUACAUGUAAAGAAUGUGGAAAAGGUUGUAUUACCCUCUCACAACUAACUCUACAUCAGCGAAUUCAUACUGGGGAGAAGUCCUAUAAACGUGAAGAAUGUGGAAAAGCCUUCAGAACAAACUCAGACUUUACUGUACACCUGAGGAUGCAUACUGGAGAAAACCCCUAUAAAUGUAAUGACUGUGGAAAAACCUUUAAGAGUAGCUCAAGCCUUAUUGUACAUCAAAGAGUACAUCAGAGAGAAACUCAGUUAAUAUAAAGAAUAAUAAGCUAUCCAAUUGUCUAUAAGAAAAGUCAUAAUCUGUAUAUAUAAUGAAUGUGGGAAGACUUUUAGGAAUCGAUUUGCCAGAAAAAAAAAAAACAGAAAAAGAUAGUCUAUAAACAUAUGAAUGAGGAAAACAAUCACAUUAAAUCUUGUAAGUUAUAAGAAAAUUCACAAUGGUGUGCAAUAAUGGACAAAUAAAAACCUUCAUCCAGAUUUGAUACUUUAUUCAUAUAACAGGUUAUCUUUAAUGAAUUGCCUAUAUACUUCUGCCUGUUUUUUCUAUUGGUUUGUCUGUCUAAUAAAUCUGGAAGUGCUCUUAUAUAUUUUAGAUAUUCAUCCUUUGUCAUCUGUGUUGCAGUUGUUUUUCUUAAUCUAGCAUUUGUCUUUAUAUUUUUAUAUAAUAGAAGUCACCAUAUUUUUAUUUUUAUAGUAAAAUAUAUAUUUUUUAUUUUUCCUUUUUUUCUUGAUGUACUAUUUUAGUUAAAGGGUCUCCUUAAUUCCUAGGUUAUACAUAGUAUCCUAAAUUUGUUUCUAAGAUUCUGAUAACUUUAUUUUUUACAUUGAAGUCUUUAACCCUUCUUGGCUGGCAGGCUAUUGAUAGAAGAUAAACUGAAAAUGGCCAUUAACCUAUGAAAAUAUUAUGAACUUAAGUAGUUCAGGGAAAUGCAAAUUACAACACCCUCUCAGAUAUCACUUUAACUUCAUGGAGUUGGCAAAAUUAAAAGAUCUUUAGUGAGUGGUGUUCGGGAAACCAUGUACUCUUACCAAAAAGUUAAAAAUAAAAAGCUUUGACCCAGAAGUCUGUCCCAUAGAAAUAACAGCAUUAAUGCAUAAAAAUACACAUAAAGACAAAAUAGGAGAAUGGUUGGAUGAAUUGUGAUAUAUCCUGAUGUGUGGAAUAGCAUGAGAGUAAUUUUUAAAUGAGUUAUAUCUACAAUAAUUGAUUCCAAUGUAUUUCCAUAAUCUUUAGUAAGUAACAGAUAUGUAUAUGUAUAUUUUAUUUUUGUUAAAUAAUUACACCCAUUUCUAUUUGUGUGAGAUUAGAUGGAAGCAGGUAUGGAAGAAUCUACACCAGACAGUUAACAUUGGUUAACUUGAAGGGAGGCAGAGAAGAGGAGAAAUAGGUGAUGAGUAAGGGAAAAGACAGUAAAAAGAGAAAUGAAAGUGCAGCAUGUGUGGAACAAAAUUCUAUGUAAAAUUAUGUAUUUGUGUGAGCUUUUGAAAGCCAUGAAUGAAGGAGUGGUCUCCAAAAUUAAUGAUGGCUUUUUCAGAGUUGGUGGAGUAUCAAGUGUUUAUUGUUUA